UCAAUUUGCUGUUUUUCUCCUUAUUUUAUUUUUUAAUUUUGACUUGCUCAUGGAAUCGAUCUUCUUACUCUAAAUGGUUCUAUCAUUUGUUCUGUUGUUAAUCUAAUCUGAAGCUAUUAAUUGAAAAAAAUUGUGGUUUUGUUCAGUCAGUCUGGAAAUCAUGGAUCAAUUGUGGGAUCUUCUUUGAGGAAAUUUCGGUUUUUACCACCUGAGAACCAAGCUGUCAGGUUUCUGUAUGUUCUGCUGAAGAAAUUCCUUGCAUGGAGAGAUUUGAGUGCUUGUGAUUGAUUGAACUUCAAUUGUUCCUUUAGAGAAACUUUAAUUUCCUCAUAUAUUUUAUGUACUUGAUUAGAUUGACUAGAGGAUUAGACACAUUUUAUUCUAUUAGCUUCUGUGAAUUCUUUGAAAAUACUUCGGGAAGUCAGAAGAAUCGCUGGUCCAAUUAGGGCUGGCUUGAUUGAUUUCAUCACGGCUCUAGGAAAAGGAACCCAUGUUGACAUUAGAAGGGGUAAAGAAUGCUUGGAGGCUUGUCCUAAGUUCAUGAUUGCGUCCCCUUCUUUUCACGGUGGUCGUGGUGCCCUUCCUUCAGCUGGUGGGCAUCCUGCAGAUUUGACUUUCCUUGCUGGUGGAGGGUGCUGAAAAUCCAUCCGACGUUACAUUUUCUUCAGCUCAACUAUUGAAGGUUUAUGGAAACUUAGUAUUAAGCAUGUUUACAGUAAAGCAGUUCGAAGAGGACUCCUGUAUGUUGAAAUAUGAUGCUGCUUCUGAGCACUCACAAUGCCCUUGGAUGCCUUUGCAAGGUACCAAGAUUCCUCUUUACUGGCUGGGUAGCCAGUCUGCUUUAGACAAUGGUGCAUGUGGACGGCUUUCAUGCACUCCUACAGAAGAGCAAAGCCUUCUGGAUUCUCUUUUUCUUGCUCAGUGGGAAGAUUGUGCCUGGAAAGGCUUUCUCAGAUAUGAUGUUACCGCUUGUGAAUUGAAGGUCAUUGAUGGCCGGAGAAAAUUUGUUGGUCAAUUGAAUGAAGGAUGGAAUUUGAACAAUUUUCUGAAGCAGAAUCCUUUCACAUUUCAAUGCAUGAAGAAGCACAGGGAGCUGCUACUCUUUGCUAUUGCAAGUGUAGAAAUAACAAACCCGGAGAUUAUUCAUUCAGCCACAGUACCUGAUGAUGCUUCACUGGUUGUUGUUAAUGCAAAUCCUGUUGAAUAUGGCCAUGUUUUCCUGGUACCACAUGGCUUGAACAGUCUCUCUCAGUUGAUGGAUGCCAGAGCAUUAGAAAUGGUUACACGGGUUGCUGUUGAGAUAAAUAACUGCUCUUUCCGUGUGUUCUAUGACUACUCAAGUGCUAAUCAUCCAUAUUUUCAGGCUUGCUACUUUGCAAACCCUUUACCUGUGGAACUCAUGCCAGUUGUGACAAUACAUGGUCGCCAAAAAUUAGAGGGUUUACAUAUCUAUGAGGUCAAAGAUUACCCGGUGAAGGCUUUCUUGUUCAUUGGCAAUGGGAACUUGAAAAUGCUGAUUGAGGUAGUUGCACAGAUAUGCUCCUGGUUACAGGACCAGAAGGUCCCAUAUAGUCUGCUGAUAUCUGAUUGCGGCACAAAGAUGUAUUUGUUUCCACAGCAAUUGGUGGUGGCUUGCAGCCUUUCUGCUUGGGAAUGUGGGGGAUACAUUGUGUUCAAGGAUAAGUUUGAGUUUGAUCAAGCUACUGAGGAGGCUGUGCUGGAGCGUUUGGGUGCUUUCUCACUCGAUGAUGAAUGCUUCAGUGUAGUCAAGCAGCUUUGCUGCAGUGUGGCAAGCAAGCUUGUUACUUGAAUGGGGCCUACCCCAUCUGCUCUCAGAUGCAAGUUUCAGACUUUGUUUGAGGUCA